AUGUCUAGACGUUACUACAAAGAAAGCGCUUUCACCGACUCUGCUAAUGAUGCUGAUCAGUCAACGCACCAGUUACAAGAUGGGGAUAUAAUAUUAUUGACAACGGAUGGAUUAAAGCUAGCUAUGAGGCUUACACGUGCUGCCAGGGAAUAUUCCAUGUCUUCUACGAGAGACACUCCAUAUGCGAAACGGUAUAGAGCUCGGAAUAACGUGCCUCGGUGGGGAGGAAAACUUGAUGAUAUUGCUCUGCUUGUUACGCUUGUGAGGGUAAACUAUGAAUAG